AUGGGCAUCGCGAUAAUGGGCGGCGUCAUGGCCUCGCUCGCCUCUGCCAGGACGAGAGCCUCGCUCGAUCCCGCCUCUGCCUCUGCCUCUAAAGACGUGCCUAACCUCUCCAACUUCAUCGCCUGCGACCAAUGGGCCCCCGCCGAACAAAACGUCCGCAAAGCCCUCGGCCACUACAACUUCCCCCUGCAGACGCUCACCAACCAGAACCUCAAGGGCGUGCAGGAAGCUGACAUCGUACUGCUGAGCUGCAAGCCACAUGGCUUCAAGACGAUUCUGGGCGAGGAGGGCGUUGGGGAGGCGCUGAAGGGGAAGGUGCUGGUCAGCAUCCUGGCAGGCGUGACGCGGGAGCAGAUUGAAGCUUUCCUGUAUCCCCAUGGGCCGGCGAAGACAGAAAACGCUUGUCGCGUGGUGAGGGUCAUGCCCAACACUGCGUCUUUCGUAGGAGAGUCCAUGUCUGUGAUCCAGACUUCGGACCCACCCCUCAGUGAGGCGCAGUACAAGCUCGUUGAGUUCGUCUUCAGCUCCAUCGGUCGCGUUACGAACCUCCCUCCUGCGAACAUGGAUGCCGCGACCGCGCUGUGUGGCUCGGGUCCAGCUUUUUUCGCACUGAUACUGGAGGCGGCGGCCGAUGGUGCGGUUGCCAUGGGCCUACCAAGAGCAGAGGCACAGAUGAUGGCUGCGCAGACCAUGAGGGGAACCACUGGGCUCGUGCUAAACGGCGAGCAUCCAGCGGUGCUGAAGGACAAAGUCUCAACGCCUGGUGGUUGCACCAUCGGUGGGCUCAUGUCUCUCGAGGAAGAUGGCGUCAGGGGCGCCGUCGCAAAGGCAAUUAGGGAAGCGACUGUCGUCGCAUCGAGAUUGGGUGGUGAGCAGAAGGAGUUUGUAAACCACAGGCGGUAA